AGGGAGGCGUCUUGAUUGGCGUGGCCUGUGAGCCAAUGAGGAGUUAGCAGUUGACCAAUUAGAGCGUAGCGUUCAUAAACGUCACUAUAGAUCCCAAUUGAAAGUGUGGCGGGGAGCUUUAGGUUUACACAUAGUGUGGAGAGAAUGCAGGGGGCUUGUGAGGAGAGCACGGUGGGUUUAGAACAGACCUCAGACAGAUCCCAUGGAAAGUUGAACGUCAGUUGGGGCCGAGCGGAGGGUUGUGUUCUAUUCCUGUGUAACAAGUGCUACUCGGUGCUGGGGGACUCGCUCAGUGUCUGUGGGGACGAGGAAAGCCUGGGCGCCAUCGCCUGCCUGCGAGUCACGGAAGAUUUAAAUGUUGGAGAAUCAGUACUUUUUGUGGUAGAAGGUAACCUGAAAGGCUGUGCUUAUUACUCUUUAGUCUGUCGUUCCUGUGGGACCAACAUUGGCUUCAACCUUUAUUCUGCGCCUAGAGCUUAUGCCUUCCUCAGAGGAUUAUUCUGUCUCCUCAAAGAACAUAUUCUCUGCUACAAACUAAAAUGCAGCUCUCUGGUCCCAGGAAAUGAAAUGCAUUUUGAAUUUCCAAGCCUUGAUGAGGACAUAGCACAACUGAAGACACAACUGGUGCAGCUGCACCUCAAAAUGGAACUAAUAUCUCAACAACUUCUACAGCAAGAGAAAAAUACCGGGGCCUGUUUAUGACCUGGUCAGAUGCCUGUCACCCACACAAACACCAGCCGUGCUAUUGAUGGAGGAGACUUCAUAACGUUCCUUUAGUACAGCUGCCUGACCCAAAUUACUAGCGCUAGUACAUUAUAAUGAAUGCCUCAUUAUUGACAGGUGUCUAUGUGUAUUAUGCUCUUCUCAGACUCAAUUAAAGGCCAAGCAAAUGCCCAAUAGAACUUUGAGCCA